AUCAGCCAAAAACAUUUAACGUCAGUGUCGCUAGGCGGCAGUAGCGGGCUAUUUGUCUCGAGACAUAGGCCGUGCGAGUAGAAGGAGCCGUACCGGAAGUGCGUGUUAAAACCAGCUGAUGAGAUAAACGGUACCUUGCUGAAGCACAAUGCCUGAAGUGAAGUCAAUGUUUAGAGAGGUUUUGCCUAAACAAGGUCAGCUUUCCAUGGAGGACGUGCCCAUCAUGGUCCUAUGCAAACCAAAACUCCUCCCUCUGAAGUCUGUGACGCUGGAGAAACUGGAGAAGAUGCAGCAAGAAGCUCAGGAGAUCAUUAAACAACAAGAAUUGGCUUUAAAGGAUCAACAAUAGUCUGAAAAAGCAGAGUAGGGUAUACUUUUAAGGAUCAAGUACACACUUCCAUCACAACCUAAUAUCAGCACAUAUCACUUCUAUAGUCAGUCAUAUCUCAUGUAUGUUGGUCAACCUUCAGUUGAAAAAAGUUGUUCUUUUGCUAGAAUUUAUAUUUAUGAAUGAGGUUAUGUAUGUUCAUAAGGCACAUAGGCACAUUAAGAAUUAUAUGUUCAAAUCACUAUAAUUUAAAAGAGGCAGUUCAGUUUCAGAUCUAUGUUUUUGUUUUUGUUCAGCAAGUUCUUUCAGAACAGUUGCAGGUGUGUUCCGUGGUUUCAAUAGCUAUAUUCUCAAAUUCAUUGUAAAUAUAUGUAAAACUGCAAGUCACUGUGAAUAUGGGUUUUUGUCAAAUAAAAUAGCAACUAAUUAAUGCAUGAAA